AUGCGAGAGAAGCGGAAACUGUUUCUGGAGAAGGAGAAAGAACAUCGGAAACGGAAAUGGGAGAAGGAAAAACGUAAAUGGGCCACCAAAAGCAAAGAUAAAGACCUGCGGAAAGACGACGAUUCUCCGGCGACGUUGGAAGGUAUGAUGUGCUUGAUGUCGUGGUCAUGGAAGUUUGAUGUUUUCUAAAAACAGUUUCCGUUUGGAAGUUUCUUUCCUAACAGUUUUUUCUGUUUGAUGAAGGCAGGAAUAGUAUUAUACUUCUACAAACAUAUAUUUCGCUGACUCAAUCUCCUUGUCAUCUGCCAUGACAAGGAGAUAAACGUAUAGCUCUCCUCUUCACUGACUCAAUUCACAAUACAACUCAUGGUUUUUUUUUUUUUUGUAGUGCGAGCGAGUUCCGACGAGUCAAAACCUACCUGCGUAUUUUCCGCGUAGCUACCGGCGUAGGGGGGAGCUCUUCAUCUCCUUAACAAACUACAAAUCCAAAGGAGGUAAGUUUUUCUUUGUUUUUUUGUUCACCAGCGACGAAAAUACCUCAGCGACCUCUUCUAAUCUCAAGAAAAAGCGACGAAAAGAGGAGAGAAGAAAAG